AUGGCGGAGAUACCAAGCAUGGUCCCAGAACUCCCGAGCAUGAUCCAAGACUCCUCCUCCGAUCCCCCACCGUUCGCACCCUCACGCCGAGUCAAUGUUCCCGCUCCCCGGUCACCAUCACAACCAGCCCCAACCAUCUACCUCAGAGGCUUCAACUGCGUCGCCAGCGACCCAGAAUACAACCUCGCACGAAGUGUGACUGGAAACGUGCAGCCGUACUGGUUUGAAGAAACGCGAAAUCCCGCAGUCCACUAUGGCCCCUCUCGAAGACAGAGAAGACAAAACCCGACACGACGAGCCGGUCAGGUCGAAGACACUUAUCUCGUCAUUCCCGACACUGAGGAAGCUAAGCAGUCGGACAACAAGAACACGCAGCGAGAAGAGGCAAAAGAAGCAUUCCUGGAGGCUAUGUGGCCAACAAUCCGCGACGAAUACCUCGCCAUGUUCAAUCUAACUAGCCUUGCGCCCAAGCAAGAGGAACGGAUGAAGAAAGACACGAUGGGGUUUCUGGAGGAGGAGUGGAAUAUCAUGGAGGAAGAGCGUAGAGCUGAAGCUGAGAAGCAAGAGGAGAUGGAGCAGCGUAAGCCUAUCGUUCGCUUGCCGGUUCGCAAUGUUUCGGAUGGGAAAGGGGCGUCGGAGAAGAAGUUCAAGAUGAAGGGGAAGGGGAAGGGGAUGGUGAAGGUGAAAGACGGAAGUGGGGUGGAGGCGAAAGGGGAGAAGAAGGCGAGCAUGUCGCAAAGGUUGAGGAAGGUUCUGGCCAUGGAGAGUCGCCAACCACCACCCGAGCGCUCCAGCUCAAACGACUACAUCGACGAGACACAGUUGUCGUUCAACAAGCUUGAGGCGCAGAGAUGGGAUCGCGCGUUGGAGAGCUCACAGCGCGCACUCAAUCAGUCGAUGAACUUACCUGGCUAUCACGACUUUUGUAACUACAGCGCACCUGUUCGGGGCUGCGACGUUCAAGGGAGUCCAGCCUGGUCUGAAGGUAAUGUGAGCGGUGGCGGAGGUGACGACACUUUCCAGUCUCCUUCUAGCGACACUACUGUCAAGAUGGACGACGGCUGCCGCUUCAGUCAGGUUGGCGAGAUGUAUGCCCCUGGUCCGGCGCUCAAUGUCGCGAUUCCUAGGUCAGAGACGGGUGCUACGAAUGGCUCCGCGUCUUCGGGUUCUGAUAUCUCACCGUUAUCUCAGCGCCAGUCCUUCGCCGGCGUCGCGGUCGAGUCACCUUUUCGACCUGAGUUCGGCGGUCCAGUCCAGACUCCCGCCAGCCACGGCAUGAGGUGGUCUUCCGCGCAGCUUCAGAAAGAGAUCUCACGAAAAUCCGACAGCUUCUACUCGAACCCCAACAUAGCCAAGACUCAUGUUCCCUCGCGUCCGCAGUCAACAUUCCCCAUCCCACGGAACAUGCCUUUCGAGGAGAUGAUCGUACCGCGCGGACCGAACCUGCAUCAACGAAGACUCGAUGCUAGAGCGUCAAGCUCACCGGGUAUACCGUCGCCCCUCGGUCCUGGUCGUAUGCGAGAGCAGCUCCACGCGGGAGACGUUGAAAACGUAUCGCUCUCACCGGUCCCGAACGGCCGUCUCCACACGAGCGAUCAGAUGAAGUACGGAAAGCACAACUCAAGCAACAAGGAUACGAAGAACGUCUGGCAAAACACCCCGUCUCCACAUUCACCUACAGUGCAGCGCUACGCAUCCAGCGGCUCGAUCGACUCGCCCAUGUUCGACGUAUACCCUCGAAGCGCUGAGAUAGACGAAGAAGGAAACUUGACCUUGGGUGGUUCGCCGUACAGUAACGGUUCUGGACAUGCGCGAAAGCACACUGAUCCUUUCGUCGAUCAUAUGCCGUUUCAAGUCAGCACGGGGUCUACGACACGCAUGUGUGGAGUUGGUGCGCCUGGUUGGCCUUUCCCACCGGCUGGCACUCGCCCGCCGUCUGUCCACCCUAGCAUGUAUGGAGGUACUCGGCCGCCUUUCCAUAACCUGGCUGGCAUUCAGAUGUGUGGGAGUAACAAUGGGAUUAGCUGGGAUCCCAAAUCUCCGGAGUUCGUGGGCAUGGUAUCUGUUGAUCGCCUACGUGGUAGUAACAGUGGCUUCGACACCGGAUCUCAGUCGUUCAACCGCCCGCCGUUUGUUAAUGCUCGGACAUGUGGAACUAAGUCUUUCGAUCGCCCGUCUAAUGUCAUUGUGUGUGAAGCUCCUCUACACACACCGUCACCAUCUGAGACUCGCAUGAACGGCACUUUUGGCAAGCCCUUCAAGCCCUCACUUCCCUUUGGGCCCAUCGCACCCUCAUCUCAGUCGUUCGGCCAACCCAUUCGUGGUCCAUCCACCGCAACAUGGCCCACCUCCGCACCCGCAACAUCCGGCUUCGUCACCCCAGCCUCUACAGAAGCCCCUCACUCCACACAUGAACCAAGCUUCCACGCCCGUCUACCCCUCCGCUCAAACCUACCCAUCCCACCUCCCCCACUCUCCAGCAUCUCAGGCCAGUACGAGCAAUCUCCAGAAGCCCGCGCCCGUCUCGACGCCCAGAAGCCCAUCCGCUCAGCCUGGAUCCGCGGCGAAGCGUCCAAGAUAGCGCAACUAGCAAAACUGCGCCACGCAAUGGAGAAGCGGUACGAGGAAACCCGUUCAGACAAAGACUACGCAGCCUGGCAAACUCUCCAAGCCGCGUACGACGAUGCUACGGAUCUGGAGAAGAGGCAGGAAGAGAGGCGGAACCUUUUUCUUAGAGAGAAGAAGAUGCAGGCGCUGAAGACUGACAGCACCGAAGAUAUGUCACUUGCGAGUCGUGGUACUCCUGGUGUGGACGGCGAGGAGAAGUUGCUGGGGUAUAAGAUGGCGCUUAUGGAGCGUGUGUGUGCGGAGGUUAAGCCUAAUGGGGAGGAGGAGGCUAUUACGGUCGAGAUGUUGGCGACGUUGAGUAAGGAGGAGAAGAAGGCUAUAAGGAAGCUGCUCGUUGGUCGUAUGGAGCGGAUGGCUUGA